GUGCUCGUUCCCCUGGCCCGGCCGCCCGGAAAACCAGUUCUCAGCCUGUCACCUGCCUGCUCUGCACCCCUGGGAACUGGCCACCUCCUGACUCCUGAAUUGUCUGCUUUGACGAUAAGGAAAGAGGGGUUGGGGGCGGCUUGCUCCUUUGGGGCAUCUGGGCGCUACUGUUCCCAAGUUUUUUGGGAAGCAGGAAGGAUUCAAAGGCCACACGAGGAAAAAUCUGGAAAUUAUUAUUUUCCCGGGAAGAAAGGACCCAUUUGACAAUCCCUCCUUCCUGAUAUGCCACGAACGAGGCGGGCAGAGGGAGUGUGACCUUUGAAGGGGUGUUGCCGGGAGGGUGGCUACUGACAGAAGGGGGACCCUCAAGAUGGGGCUCCAGCCCCGGCUGCCCCCACUUCCAGCCAAAGCUGCGGGAGGCUCAGAGAAAAGAGCCAAGUGUUUGUUCUGCUCUGAGGGAUAUAAGAUCCCCUGAGGGGGGCUGGAGACAGGCCAAGGCAAACAGGAGCCGCCCCCACACAAACCAAGGAGUUGGAGUUGUGUGAGCCCCUCCCCCAGGCCACCCCCACCUACUACCUACCUACUGACAAAGAGCCGGCUUUUGGUCAGCGUGGGGUCUGGCCGGCCCGCUCCCACUCUGCAUCACCCGUGCAGCUUCCCGCCCCCAGGACGCCGGGUCCCAGCACAAGGAGGGGCUCUGGGACGGGGCUGCAUCUGUCCGGGCCUGUGUCCACACCCUGAGCCCCCAGGCCCCAUCCUGGAGACCCCCAAGAUCCUAGCUCCUCCCCUGCAGGCCGGGACCAGGGUGUGGCAAUGCAGACGGCACCGGCUCCUUCAUUAAUUCCAGCCGAGGCUCACAACUCCUCUAGGAGCUGGUAACAAAUGCGCAGGGCCGGCUUGCCCAUCAGGCAGACGAUACCUUUAGGGGCCCAUGAAAACGUUUUAGUUUCUCUUAAAACCAGAAAAAGAAAUUAAGUCAACGAAAAUGCUCUAAUAGAUAGUAUAAACGUAUCUGUCUUCGUACCAACACAGUCAUAAGAUGCAAUCUUUAAUGUAUUUUGUUUCAAUGGAGCAAAGGACCCACAGAGACAAAAGUCUCUGGGCCACAUCCCAUGAUGUGGCCCCUCAAAGAAGAGCUGGGCGCUUCCUGGCCACCUGCCAUGUGUCCUCACCAAACGGCCCAGAGAGGGAGGUGCCCUGUUUUGUUCCUCCUGCAGGUGGGGAAACUGAGGCACAGAGAGGCUCAGUAGCCUCCUGAUACCUCACAGCCAGACAGGUGGUGGGUCCAGGAUCCCACCUCGCCUGCUGUGACAGCCCGUGAGGGCAGGUGCGUCGUAUUCACUCCUGGUCCACCCUCGGCGCCAGCUCAGCGCUGGGCGAGGAGCAGUGGCUGGUAAACCUUCCUGGGACGAGGCAAUAGACGUCUCAGCCGCAGCCCCACAGGUCUGUCGGUUCCUCAUGGACAGAGAAGGGGGGGCAGGUGGCUCCCUGGGCUGCAUGCUUUCUGGGGCGCACGCCAUAGUAAAAGCCAAAGUGCGUAAGAACCCCCUAGGUGCUGGCACCCCUGGGUGCACGCGUCAGGGGUCUCACGGGAUUCUUCCCACAACCCUCUCAGUCAGUCCAUCAUUAUCAUCCCGUGGAACCAGGGAGGGGAGGGCUGCAGAGAACGUCCAAGGUCACACAGCGGGGCAGCUACAAGGCGUCCAGGAGAAGUGGGCCCGGGACCCCCUCCUGCAGCCACUGAACCUGCGUGUGAGGAAGCUGGCAGCCAGGCUGGCGCCUCUCCUCCACAGAUCCAUUUUCUACCUCAGGCUGAGUGACCCCGAGUACCUGCGAGAGUUCCAGCCGACCAUCCAGCCCGGGUUUUGGAAGCUCCCACAGGCCUGGACCCACACCAACGCCUCCAUGGUCUACCCCACCUUCCAGCCCGAGGACUCCUUCUCAGAGGAACACAGUGACUUGUGCCUGGUGCAGCUGCUGGGAACCGGGGCGGACGACAGGCAGCCCUGCAGACUCUCAGACUUCUGCAGGACCCUCAUGACCAGACCCGGCUGCUCAGGCUACUGCCUGUCGCACCAGCUGCUCUUCUUCCUCUUGGCCAGAAUGAAGGGAUGCAUGGAGGGGCUGUUCUGCCAGACCCAGCUCUACAUGAACCUCUUCUGUGCCAACAUGAUGGACCUGAAUCAGAGAGCUGAGGCCAUCGGAUAUGCCUACUCAACCCAGGACAUCUUCAUGGAAAACAUCAUGCUCUGUGGAAUCGCUGGCUUUUCUGACUUCUACAAGCUCCGGUGGCUGGAGGUCAUUCUUGCCUGGCAGAAGCCGCGAGAAGGAUGCUUCGGGACGCCUGAUGCUGAAGAUGAAGAAUUAUUGAGAGCAGUUGAACACCAACAGCAUUUUUUGACAAGAGUGAAGAGGCGAGAAAAACAAUUUACAGGGCACUGAAAAGAGGUAAAAACUCCAGCGAUGAUCUUUUCACCGCUGUCCCCACCUCAGCCCUCAGCUUCUCCUCACUGAAGAUGAACCCUGUGAGCAUUUAACAUGAUGCGGAGGCUGGAGCGGGGCCUCGUUUCCUGUAUCCCCACCAUGGUCAGUCCACCCAUCGCUGCUCACUCCCCUGCUGGAAGAGUUUCUCACUGUGUGGCCUGCAGCCGCCUGCGUCAGAAUCACCAAGGGAAUCCUGUUAACCACGCAGACUCCCCGGCCUGCCUCCAGAGACUCAUUCAGCCUCCAGGAGGGGGCCUGGGAACGUGCGUGUUUGCCAAGCCCCUAGGGGACACUGAUGCUAGCUUGGGAACUGCGGUGGCCCCAAGGCCUGGACCUCUGUGAUAUCAGGUGCUGGAUAAACAGAACAUCUAUACUGAACACCAGGGCAGCCGCCUUGAGCAUGUACGUCCAGAGGAAUAAAUAACAUCCGUUCCCUUCACAUGUUCCUCACCCUACCUGAAGGGACGUUGGUGCCUGUUAUGGGUUGAAUGGUGCCCCCCCCCCAAGUUCAUGUGUUGAAGUCCUAACCCCCAGUAUCUCAGAACGUGAGCUGAUCUGAUAACAGGAUCUUUAUCAAGCUAAAAUAAGGUCAUUGGGGUGGGUCCUAAUUCAGUAUCACUGAUGUCCUUAUAAAAGGGGAAAUUUGGACGUAGACAUACACACAGGACACAGACGUGCACACAGGGAGAAUGCCAUGUGAAGAUGAAGGCAGAGAAUCCUACAAGCCAAGGAAGGUCAAGGAUGGCUAGCAAACAGCCAGCCGCUAGGAGACAGGCGAGAGCAGACUCUCCCUCCCAGCCCUCACGAGGAACCAACCCUGCUGACACCUUGAUCUGCAACUUCCUGCCUCCAGAACCGCGAGACAAUAAAUGCCUGUUGUUGAAGUCCCCAGUCUGCAGUGCUGUGUUAUUGCAGCCCCAGGACACUAACACAGCCCUGCCUCAAGGAGCCAUCUCUAUUCUCAAGGUCCCUGCAACCCAGCAGCCCCGGGGAAAGCAGUUCAGCCAUUCCGAUUCAUUCUCAGUCUGGGCCUCUAUUAAAAUGAUGGACGCUAGACCGAAAAUUAAAAGAGGAACUUUCUCAACGGCAGACCACAAAACCAUACCCCAAACUCCUGGGAAUUCGCCCAUCCGUUCGACAAACAUGGCAAGCACACACCAAGUUCACGCCCUCUGCAAGUCUCUCCUGUCUUUCUGGAACAGUCUUCCCGUGACCCUCCGCCUCCUCCCAGUGUCUGCUCAAAUGCCCCCUUAUCAGAGGCUCAUUACCUAACCUCCACCCCCACAGACACCAAAGCACCUCCCCGCAGGGCCUUGCUCCUGGUUCGGCUCCAUCUUUCUUCAGAGCAUCACCACCGGCAGCAUCGGCAUGUAACUGCUUAUCACUGUCACUGGGGCGUCAGCUCCAUCAGAACUCUGUUCCCUGCCCAGCAGUCCCUCAGCACCUGCGACAGUGGGCGUCCAAAAGGUCUUUGUUGGAUGAAUUGAAUGAUGAAAUAUUUACUGAGCGGUUACCAUGUGCCAGGGGUGGCGCCAGGCCCUGUGGGCGCAGCCGAUCCCACCCUGGGCGAGCGUCACUGUCUCUUGGAAGCUUGUCAAACAUGCAGGUUCCCAGGGCCCCUCCUGGUGGCUGAAUGAGUCUCUGAGGGCAGGGCCUGGGAAUCUGCAUGUUUAACAAGAUUCCCCAGAUGAUUCAUGCAGGCGGACACAGGCCACAAGGGCCCCGAUCCCAUCCAUUCGUUCAAGGAAUAUCCGUGAAGCACCUACUGUGCGCCAGACACUGUGCAGAGUGCUGGGGAAAAACAGUGAAAAGCAGCGAUGGUCUCUGCCCUCACGGAGAUGACAGUGGGAUGGGGAGACAGACAUGAGCAAACAAUAACCAUCAAACAGAUGGAGCUGCUGGGAGGGAAGGACUGGGUACCCGCCUUCAACCUUGUAUCCUUCUCCUCAGUUGAUAAACGUAUUCCAACACCUUAACAUUGUUCAGGUUCUAAAUUAAUGGAGGAAACAGACGUCGGCUCUGUUCCAUCCCUGUCAGAGCUCAGAGAUCUCAGUCAGAGAACCUGCUAGAUGCACGGAAAAGCUAAACAGCAGCAGGAAAUGUUCGCCUCAAAGCUGAAGAGGGCAGAUAAAGCCUCAGAAGCGUGUGGUUCGAGGGCUCAGGGAGGAGGCCACCACCCCCAGCCCCAUCCUGUCGUCGUCAAGCUUCAAUCCUCCCCACUGUCCCCAGACACCCCUGCUCCCACCCCGCCCCCCGCCCCAGGCAACCACAAAUCUGCUUCCUGUCUCCCCAGAUCUGCCUUUCUGGACAUUUAAUGCAAACGGAAUCACAAGACAGAACUUUGGGGGGUGAUGAGAAUGUCCUGAAAGUGGGCUAAGGCGAUGCUGAGAUAUCUCUGUACAUUUACUAAAAAUCAUUGAUGUGUACAC